AUGCGGUCGCCAGUUUUCAAAGCUGAGUUCUAUGGUCCGAUGAGGGAGAGGAGGACGCAGCUUAUGACCAUUGAAGACAUGCAGCCUGCUGUGUAUAGGGUCCUGCUUCAAUUUAUCUAUACCGAUUCUUUGCCUGACAUGAAGGAUCUUGUGGAAGAUGUCAACUGCGAAAUGAUCCGGCAUUUACUUGUGGCUGCAGAUAGAUAUGCUUUGGAUAGGCUCAAGUUGAUUUGUCAAAGCAUCCUUGCCGAGAAUCUUAAUGUGAUGACUGUGGCAACUACAUUGGCUUUGGCUUAUCAGCAUAACUGCAACAUGCUUCAGGAUGUUUGCCUCGAAUAUAUCACCAGUUCAGAUGUGAUGGAUGCAGUGGCAGCAACCGAAGGUUACAAGAAUCUCAGGACAACCUGCCCUUCUGCACUAGCAGAUGCAUUUGAGAAGACGAUGAAGUUGCGUAGAACAUAA